AUGAAUGCUUUCAAUAAAUUUAGUCUGGCUAGUGACGUCAUUAGUGUCUUAACUUUUAUUGCUGCUCUUUUUACUUCCAUUUUAGCAUACUAUACGUUAACUGUCGAAGCGGACACCGAAAUCAAACAACUCAACAGUGAACUAGCCAUGGCCGAGGAGCAGUUCACCCCGCUCUUACGGUGGCAGGUAGUGGCCGUUCCUUCUGGCCAUCCUGCUACAGAGCUUGACCGCAUCCAUCAAGACACCAUUCAGCUUAUGAAAAAUAUUGUUGAGUCUAUAAGAGUCGAUCUCAAGGCUACAAAAGGGCGUCGCCUAAUCCGGAGACUCCGAUGGGCUUCUCAGAGAGGGAAGGUUAUUGGAAAAUUUCAACAGCUAUCAAACCAACGAGUUGCUGUGAUCCAGCAACACAUAGAGAUUGAGAAAGCGUAA